CUUCCUACUUUCGUCGCUAGAUGGCACGGUGCAGGUAGCGGGUAGAGAAAUCUCACGCUUUGGAUGUUGACGAGCGUGGAGAUAUUUGGAAUGUGUUUAAAAUGUGUUCGUACGCUUUGCAUUAUUUAUAUUUAUGUUGUCUCUUAAUGAAUUAUUUAUAUUUUACCGUUCGGAGUUACGAACAGAACUGCUCUGUCAUAAAGUAUAUAUACGAUCCUAAGGAUCUUCCCAGCCAAGAUAUACCUGAGAAACCAAUUCCAGGUUAUCAGCUGAAAAUAUGCACUCAGGAAUUAAGUUGCUGUACAAAUAACAUGGAAUACAAACUUGCUACGUUAGCUCGAAUCAAAUUUGACCAAAAAUUCAAGAAAAUUAUCACAAAACUGAAGAAUUUAUUUAUUGAACAGACAUAUGAAGUUGAUGAAUUUUUUAGAGAACUACUUAAAACCUCCAAGAGAGACUUUCAUGAAAUGUUUUUGAGGACUUAUGGCUUAAUUUAUGAUACAAAUUCAUAUAUAUUUCAAGAUAUGUUUGAAGAUCUUGAAAGGUAUUACAUGACGGGGAGAAUAAACUUAGAUAAAGCUAUGGUACAUUUCUUUCAAAGAUUAUACAAAAAGAUGUUUCAGGUGUUAAAUAGUCAAUAUCAGUUUAGCGAGUCAUAUCUAAAAUGUAUUGGUGCGUAUAUGGAUGAUAUGAAACCUUUCGGAGACAUUCCAGACAAAUUAACUGUAGAAAUCAAGAAAUCUUUCAUUGCAAUUCGAGCCUUUGUUCAAGCAUUAAGAAUAGGACAUGAAGUAGCAAAGAACAUGUUAAAAUUAGACAAACAGAAUAUCAAAUUAAUGGUAUGCAAACCAUUUAAGUCUCUAAAGUAUCUUAGUUAA